AUGACUAAUAUCAUACUAGUCCUCAUGAUAUCCUUCUUAACAACAUGCCUUUUCGUAAAAUCAGAAUCUAUUAGUAGGGCUGAUUUUCCUAGUGGGUUCGCAUUUGGGACUGCCUCUUCUGCUUAUCAGUUUGAAGGAGCUGUGAACGAAGGAAACAAGGGAGAUAGCAUAUGGGAUACUUUCAUAAGGCAACCAGGUGAAGAAAGGCUCAAGUUUGAAGGGAGUUGA